AUGUUGACAAUCGCAUAUGAGAGUUCGCGUAGGUGCGAACAGCCUUUACAAUCUCUUUAAGCUUCGUAGUCACGAAUUGCUGACAUACGAAAUUGAUAUAUUUGUGCACUUAGCAAUUUAAAAGUUUUAAAAGUUGAAUUCUAGUUUCGUUCAUCGGUGAUACGGUCGUUCUGGUGCCCUCAAAGUACAAUUGAACAGGAAAACGAAACGUAAAAAUCAUCUAAGCCACAGUUGAAGGUUACGUAGAUACUACGCAUAACAGUUAGCAACAUCAAUGGAGGACUCAACGAAGAAAAACACAAACCACAACGACGCCGACUACACACUCGAUCUGUUAUUCUGCUACCUUAUCCGAUACUGUCCUAAAAUAUUUCUUAGCUUCAAAAUCGGCCGGAAGCUUAUUACUGCCGACAGGUUCGAAGAUAUCUUGCUGGAAUUUGAGCACGAACAAAAGCGUACGGUUCGAAUGUUUGAUAUCAAACAUCACUACUGGAGACAGUGGAACCGUAAAACAAUUGAUAAUAAUCUAUUUGACUACUUCAAAGCAUACCUAAAGUUAAGGGAUUCUUUGAACCAAUCGACACACGAACUGGUUGUGUUGAUGUCCGAUUAUUCCGACAAGAAAGAUUUUAGCGAUUAUUUCAUCAACUAUCAACCAACAUGCGACAUAGGCAAUUUUCUUGAGGGCUUUCAACCAGGUUUUGGUAGAUUUAAACUAAAGAAUCAUUCUGCGUUGAAAACAGAACUUCUAAGGCGAGCCGACCCAUUAUACGAAGUCGCAGAAAAGAUAUCACGAUUAUUGUUCAGGAAAGGAACGAUUCCUCUAUUUACAAUACCACAACAAAUUUACGAUGUUUUGCUUAAAAACGUGUUUACAGAGAAUUCAUUCCGUGCGGCAUUUCUAAAAGGUAACCAUGAUCUUCCAACGGAGGUGCGGCAGUUCCGAGAAAGCUUAGAGUGCUUGCUAGCUGAGCAGUUGAAACGCAGAAAAGUUCAUAACUUUAUGCUAGCCCAGGUUGAGCACAGUUCACAACUAUUCAACUUCGGUUUUCUUCAAUCGAUGAGAAUCAAUGGAAAAAAAGAGCCAGCUGUCACUGAUGUGGAUAUCAACAAGUUCUUCUCUUUGCUAGUAUUCUAUUCCUGUUCUCCUACAGUGACGGGUUUCAAAAAGAUGCUACGACAGAAGCUUGAUGUCGAAACUCAAAGGGAACUUUUACAAUUCUAUCGAAUCGGUUCACAACGCAUCGAUUCAGAUGUUAAGAUAAUUUUUAAAUGGCUAGAACUGCAGAAACAAAACACCUUUGAGCUCAGUGACAACUUACAGUUCGAACCGGAAUCUUUGCAUCCCCUAGAAAUGGCGCUAAUCAAAUUUUGUCAUGAAACCAAACCCGGAACACUACAUAUAAGCUCUUGCGUGAAUCUCAAAAUAACUAUUAAUCGUAUUAUUUAUCUUCUACAGAGACAUCGGCUAAUUGGUCGUGCUUUAAUAGCUAACGACUACCAAAGAACAGAAUUUCUCGAAAUAAUAGGAAAAGUAGCACCAUUAAUGAACAAUUUACCUAUCCUCAUCUUGGUGGACGAAAAUUUAACUUUGACUCCAUCUGACCACUCCAUGAUACAAAAACUAAGCUAUCUGCAAAUUUAUGUUGCAACCACAAAUGAAAUUAGUACAAUUGGAGAAAGCUUCUGCGAUCAAUUUAGGCUUUGCGAUCUUUCGGAGGCAACUCAGGUUAGACUGUUACAAAAAUCAAUUCUACUGCAGGAUAGAAAAAUACGGUUGAAUAGUCUUCUGACGAAAGCAUGUUUUGAAACUAUUUCAGCUGAUGAAUUGUUGGGUUGGAGUUCCUACUACCGCCUAUCAAUUGGUUCAGGCGAGUUUCCACCACUUCCGGAGAAUUUCAUAGCUCGGAAAAUCGCUGACGAUUUCGCUCAUCUAACCAUUUUGUGUGGUACCGUGGGUGUCGGAAAAACGAUUGAACUUUCUAGAAUCGCCAGGUUGUGGCACGAUCGUUACAGAGACCAUCUUACCAUUUUGGCCAACAUCAGUGACAUAAUCCAGUUGUUUUCUGCGAUCGAAAACCCGGAAAUUAUGAUGAAAUUGGUUGACCACAAAAAGCUUAACCAGUUUCAAACCUUUUUGGUGCGAAACAUGAUAGACCAAAAACGCUUUUUCUUUUUACUGGACGGCCUCGAUGAUGUCUUCGACUUACAGCAGGCUGAAAUAGGUUGUAUGCUUAAAUGGAUUAAUGUUGCUCCGUUUAAACGAGUUAUUUUUGUAACUAGACCACAUCAAAUAGCACCUCUGACACAGUAUCUUAACGAUUUAGUAAUUUUGAAAGUAAAACCGUUUACAGAAAAUGAACAAAUAACCUUUUUGAAGCGUUACUGGGCCACCAGUGAGUCGAGCGAAGAUCAAGUGCGUAAGAUUAUUCGCAUCAUCAAUCAACUUUUUGGUGGCGACUAUAAUUUCUUUAGGUUUCCGCUAAACGCAACCAUACUUGCCUCAAUCUUCAAAGAAAAACUUUCAAACAAUUCUGAAGAAAUCGAUUUUUCAACUCUCGCCUGCGUUCUGCAAGCGUUCGUUGACAAACGAUUCGAUGUUUUUUCACGUAAAUCAUUCACGAUGGCCAGUCGUGCUCACCUGGCUAUGUUGCAAACGAUACGUACAAGCUUUGAAACUAAACACGAACAGUUGGCCUUCAGAUUACUUUCAAAUGAUACAGUUGAGUACGAAAUGUACCUCGAGUUAGAGCAUUUUGGUCUAUUGCGGUUCGAAAACAAUGCAAUUUCCUUUAUUCAUGUGUUUUUCCAAGAAUUUUUUCUCACCCAAUACAUCAUCAAACAAAACGUAGAACAGGAAUUUUUUAACCAGCUUAUGGCUGAAAGAUUUUGUGAUUCAACCUACUAUCGAUUCAACGUAUUUCUAAACCAUCAAAUUAUCAGGGUGCUCCAUUCACCAAUAACUUCAUCGUUCGAGACGUCGAAUUUGGUGGACUUCAACCCGGGAAAUAGCCUUCGAUUAAACCAAUAUAAAGAUCAACAAAUUGAAACUUUCUUCAAAGAGGCGUGCUCCAAAGAGAAACUUUACGAAUUCAUACAAACAAGCAUCAAGGAAGAUCUACUUGGCACAUUUGCAGUAAUCUACAACUGUUUGCCCGCUCCUGUUCUCGAGACAGUUCACUUUGGUUUCGAUUCAUCAACUUGUAAUGUGGAUCUGUCUACAACCGACGAACAUCACAUUGUUCAAUUGCUGAAGAUCUUGAGCACAAAGCACACCGAAGACGUUAUCGAAAAAGUGAUUACAAACUUCUCGGUGGAUCAGAACGACUUUAUAACCGUAGCCAUCAUAAAGAACUUUCCUCGUGUGAUCGAAACGUUGUUCACAAUUGAGCGAAAUCUCACCAUCGAGGAUGAGCAUGAAUAUCUCUCGGAGUACAUUAGUCUGCGCUGGCGCCAGUAUCUUCAACUGGCAAUCGUACACGAGAGGGAUACUAUGUUGGGUAGCGUACUCGAUUGUAUCGAUCGCCGCUUUCAUCCACGGGUGAUAAAGUACUUUUUGAUGGAGGAAAAUAUUUUCUGCGCGUUAACCGAAGCCUGCCGGGAAGCAAAAGAAACAGCAGUCGACACCCUACGAAAAGUGCUUGUGUUCGCACAAGAGCAUUUGAGCUUAUCGGAUUUUGCGCAUUUAGUUGAGAGCAACGGUGGUGAGUCGGAGCACUUGGCGAUCAAAAAUUGUACAGUCCGAAAUUUGUUAUUAUCGGUAAUCCCCCGAUGAAGGCUAACGAGAAAAAGGCUAACGAGAAUUUUAAGCAAACGUAUGAUCGCAGCUCACAAAAUAUUUGAAAACUUGUACAAGAAAAAUAGCAAUAGUACUAAUAAUAAGUAUUUAUACAAAAAAAAUUAAACAGUAGUAACCGCUGAUAUAUUAAAUUUUUUUUUCACUUUUCAACUGUAUCACUUUCAUUCCGUCCCGAACGCUCGGCAAAAACGGACGCAUUAAGUGGUUGUCUCGCUAUGAAACCGAUAUUGUGUAGAAAAGGUCGAAAAAGGCAUUGCUUACCCGGUCGCGUUUCAUAGAGUGCGAAGUGCGGUGUGAAGAUAAUCCGAUAAUCCGCAGUGAAGGUCAUCCUGCUAUUGUGCUUUAGUGGUGUCGCUGCGCAGCUGCCCGUUCCAGCACCGAAAGACUCGGUGAUUGUUCUAUUGAAGACAAUAAAGAAGAAGAGGUACGUGUUUCUUUGCCACUGUACUGUUGCGCUAGUUUGAGCGCAAUGGAUGUGGAUCCCUUAGCCCCCGAUCCCCCGUCUCCGAACCCACCCGACCCUAUCUUCCUGUUCAGUCUCCGUCUGUCCCUGCUUUAGUCAAUCCUCGUCCCAGACUUUAUCCAGACGGAUCAACGGGUCCACAGGUCCUCUACAUGAGGCUCAAACCAGGAGGUAAAUCGCUUAACACGUUGCAAAUCGCGAAAGAUCUGACGUCACGAUACAAGGCCGUGACUGAAAUAUCGAAAGUCAGACCAAACAAGCUCCGUGUCGUGGUGAAUAAUCUGGAACAGGCCAACGAUAUAGCUUGCUCCGAGCUCUUUACACGCGAGUAUCGCGUGUAUGUUCCCGCACGAGACGUGGAGAUCGACGGUGUGAUAACCGAUUCGAGUCUGUCUGUCGAGUGUAUCCUAAGCGCAACCGGUUGCUUCAAGAAUUCCAAUACUGAAGCGAAGAUAUUGGACUGUAAGCAAUUACGGUCCAUGUCGCUCGCCAGCGGUAAAAAAGUAUACACUCCGUCAGACUCGUUUCGCGUUACGUUUGCCGGAUCUGCUCUCCCUAGCCACGUCUCGAUUAACCGGGUUCGUCUGCCUGUGCGUUUGUAUAUGCCCCGUGUUAUGAAUUGCACCAAUUGCAAGCAGUUAGGUCAGCUGCCUACUGCUGCAAUAAGGCACGGUGUGGCAAGUGUGGGGUGACUCAUGCGAAAGAUUCUUGCAGUGUAAACCCUGAAAAGUGUAUUCGCUGCGGGGAAAAUCUGCAUGAGCUUUCCACAUGCCCGGUGUACAUACAACGCAGAGAUAAAAUUAAACGGUCUCUUAAGGAGCGCUCAAAGCGUUCUUACGCUGAAAUUCUUAAGAAGACCGUGACCACUUCUACCAUAAAAUCGAACCCCUUUGAUCUGCUGUCUUCGGAUGAAACGGACUCUGACGAUCCACCAGCAGAAACGUCCCACGCCAAUCCUGGAGAAUCUAGAAAGAGGAAAAAUAUUUCCUCUCCUAAGCUUCCCAGGAGAGGCCCUAAGGUUUCUCAAGAUGGAAUGAAUAAUACGAACAAAUCUAAAAGUGCUGCGGAAAAGCCGAAGCAAACUCCUCCUCGGCUUGCAAAUUUUAAGUCUCAGAAGGAGUUCCCAGCACUACCUGGAACAUCUAAAACCCAAGUUGUUCCUUUUGCACAUCCAGUUGAUAAAUCAAAUGCUGGACUGGUAAAUUUUUCUGACAUUGUGGACUGGAUUUUUGAAACUUUCAAUGUACCCGAUCCAAUUAAAAUUUUUCUCACAGCAUUUCUCCCAACAGAUAGAACAUUUUUGAAACAGUUGACUGCCCAAUGGCCCCUCCUUGCAGCGAUUGUAUCCUUCGAUGCCUAAUUCAACUGCGUAUAUGAAGGAUUCUAUCUCUGUCUUACAGUGGAAUUGUAGAAAUAUUUUACCAAAAAUGGAUUCAUUUAAAGUUUUGAUAAAUAAAAACAAAUGCGAUGCAUUUUCCCUUUGUGAAACUUGGCUUACUUCAAAUACUGAUCUCAACUUCCAUGAUUUUAAUAUUAUUCGCCUUGAUCGAGACACCCCAUAUGGAGGAGUACUUUUAGGGAUUAAAAAGUGCUAUUCUUUCUAUCGUAUUAACCUCCCCUCGAUUCCAGGCAUCGAAGUUGUCGCAUGUCAAAUGACAAUACAAGGUAAAGAGCUUUGUAUUGCCUCAAUAUACAUUCCUCCCAGAGCACAGGUUGGGCAACGGCUGCUCUUUGAUUUAAUAGAACUUCUUCCCUCGCCACGUUUGAUUUUGGGAGACUUCAACUCUCAUGGCGUGGCUUGGGGUUCCCCUUACAAUGAUAACCGAUCUUCUUUAAUCUAUAACCUUUGCGAUGACUUCGAUAUGACUAUUUUAAACAAUGGUGAAAUGACACGAAUCCCGAAACCUCCAGCGCGCCCAAGCGUUUUGGAUCUAUCAUUAUGUUCGACGUCGCUACGGUUGGAUUGCACAUGGAAGGUAAUCCUCGAUCCUCACGGUAGCGACCAUAUGCCUAUUCAAUUACUAACGGGUCAACUCGCAUGCGACCAAUUGACAUUCCGUAUGACCUCACACGGAAUGUCGAUUGGAAGUUAUACGAGGAAAUGAUUUCAAAAGCGGUCGAGUCGAUUCAACAUCAUCCACCACUUGAAGAAUACAACCUCUCGCGGGCUUGAUUCUCGACGCCGCGUUGCAAGCCCAAACGAAGAAAUAUCCCGGCGUAACGAUCAAAGAACGGCCUCCCACUCCGUGGUGGGACCAAGAGUGCUCCGAUGUCUACACGCAAAGAUCCGACGCGUUUUUGGCCUUCCAGAAGGGAGGUAUACCUGGCGACUAUAUACGGUAUUCGGAGCUUGAUGCCAAGCUUAAAAGCUUGGCUAAAGCAAAGAAACGCGGAUAUUGGCGUCGGUUCGUGAACGAGACGUCGAGGGAGACAUCAAUGAGCACACUUUGGAACACAGCCCGAAGAAUGCGGAAUCGCGUAACGGUCAACGAAAGCGAGGAGUCUUCAAGUCGGUGGAUAUUUGAUUUUGCCAGGAGAGUAUGUCCGGACUCUGUUCCUGCGCAAAACUUUGUUCGCAAUACGUCUCCGGGCCACGACGCGAUAGAAUCACCUUUCACGAUGGCAGAAUUUUCAGUUGCCCUCCUGUCCUGUAACAAUAACGCGCCUGGGUUAGAUAGAAUCAAAUUCAACUUGUUGAAGAAUCUACCCGGCACUGCCAAGAGGCGCUUGUUGAACUUGUUCAAUAAGUUCCUGGAGCAAAACAUUGUACCGCAGGAUUGGAGGCAAGUGAAGGUGAUCGCCAUCCAAAAACCGGGUAAACCAGCUUCUGAUCACAACUCUUAUAGGCCGAUUGCAAUGCUAUCCUGUAUCCGGAAAUUGAUGGAAAAAAUGAUACUCCGUCGUUUAGACCAUUGGGUCGAAUCAAAUGGUCUACUAUCAGAUACUCAAUUUGGCUUCCGCCGUGCCAAAGGGACGAAUGAUUGUCUUGCGUUGCUUUCAACAGAUAUUCAGCUGGCGUAUGCUCGCAAAGAACAAAUGGCGUUUGCGUUCUUGGACAUUAAGGGGGCUUUUGAUUCCGUUUCUAUUGACAUUCUUUCGGGUAAACUUCACCGACAAGGAUUUUCUCCAAUGUUGAACAAUUUUUUGCACAAUUUGUUGUCCGAAAAGCACAUGCAUUUUACGCACGGCGAUUUGGCAACUUUUCGAAUUAGCUACAUGGGUCUUCCCCAGGGCUCAUGUUUAAGCCCCCUUCUUUACAAUUUUUUAUGUAAAUGACAUCGACGAAUGUCUGGCAAAUUCAUGCACGAUAAGACAACUUGCAGAUGACAGUGUAAUCUCUGUUACAGGAGCCAAAGCUGCCGAUUUGCAAGGACCAUUGCAAGAUACCUUGGACAAUUUGUCUGCUUGGGCUUUACAGCUAGGUAUCGAAUUCUCUCCGGAGAAGACUGAGAUAGUAGUUUUUUCUGGGAAGCAUGAACCUGCUCAGCUUCAAACACAAUUAAUGGGUAAAACGAUUUCUCAGGUUUUGGUACACAAAUAUCUUGGUGUCUGGUUCGACUCUAAAUGCACCUGGGGUUGAGACGUGAGGUAUCUGAUGAAAAAAUGUCAACAAAGAGUGAAUUUUCUUCGUACAAUAACCGGAUCAUGGUGGGGAGCCCAUCCAGGAGACCUUCUAAGGCUUUACCAAACAACGAUAUUGUCUGUUAUUGAGUACGGGUGUUUCUGCUUCCGCUCCGCAGCAAACACACAUUUGAUCAAACUGGAGCGAAUACAAUAUCGUUGUUUGCGUACCGCCUUGGGUUGCAUGCAAUCGACACAUACGAUUAGUUUGGAGGUCUUAGCUGGAGUACUACCAUUGAAAACCCGCUUCUGGAGCCUGUCUUCUCGUAUUCUUAUCAAAUGUGAGGUCUUGAACCGUCCCGUGAUUUAAAAUUUUAAAAGGUUAAUCGAACUUAAUUCUCAAACCCGUUUUAUGACAUUGUAUUUCAAUCACAUGUCCCAAAAUAUUAACCCUUCUUCGAAUAUUACAAAUCGGGUCGACUUAUCAAAUACUUCUGAUUCUACUGUGUUUUUCGAUACAUCCAUGAUAGAAGAAACUCGUGGAAUCCCGGAUUAUUUACGCGUGCAGCAGAUCCCCAAAUUUUUUUCUAAUGAAUACCGAAAUAUCAACUGCGACAAUAUGUUCUACACUGACGGAUCACUUCUUGAUGGGUCCACUGGCUUCGGUAUCUUCAAUAACAAUUUAACCAUCUCCCAGAAGCUCGAAAAUCCUGCUUCUGUUUACGUCGCAGAAUUAGCUGCAAUUCAGUACACCCUAGGGAUUAUCGAAAAAAUGCCCACGGACCAUUAUUUCAUCUUUACGAACAGUCUCAGUUCCAUUGAGGCUCUCCGAUCGAUGAAAGAUGUUAAGCACUCUCCGUAUUUCCUGGGGAAAAUACGGGAACAUCUGAGUGCUUUAUCCGAAAAAUCGUAUCAGAUUACCUUAGCGUGGGUCCCUUCUCACUGCUCGAUACUGGGUAAUGAGAAAGCGGACUCUUUGGCUAAGGUGGGCGCAACAAACGGUGAAAUUUAUGAAAGACCAAUUGCUUUUAAUGAGUUUUUCGCACUUGUACGUCAGAAUACGAUCAUCAGUUGGCAAAAUUCUUGGACUAGAGGGGAACUGGGAAGGUGGUUACAUUCCAUUAUCCCCAAGGUAUCGACGAGCCCGUGGUUCAAGGGGUUGGAUGUAGGUCGAGAUUUCAUUUGCGUGAUGUCGCGGCUUAUGUCCAAUCACUAUAGAUUUGAUACGCAUCUCCGUCGUAUUGGGCUCGGGGAAAGUGGUAUCUGUGCCUGUGGUGAAGGUUAUCACGACAUAGAGCACGUUGUUUGGUCAUGCCCUGUACACCGUGACGCCAGAUCUUAAUUAAUAACUUCCCUCCGGGCCGAGGGUAGAGGACCAGCUGUUCCUGUUCGUGAUGUCUUGGCGAGUCGUGACCUACCCUACAUGUCCCUUAUAUACAUUUUCCUGAAAUCCAUCCACGCCCCAGUCUAGUCCCAUUCCUUUCCAUCCACAUUCAACAAAACGGCAAGAACACGUCAUAGACCUCGAUUUUGGAAUCAGCAACUGAACCCCACACGAAUCCGCCAGGACCUGAGAACCCGAGGCCUUUCGUGAUAUCUUGGCUUGAACAACAGCGAACAACAACAACGAACCAUAACCAGCAACAGAACCCCGCACAAUACUUCCAGGACCCGAGGAUUACAAGCCCCUGUCCCAGCUCAUGGCAUCGUGGCUUAGCAGAACAAAUCCAUACAUGCUGCAUAUUCAUGGCCAUUCGACGAUCAUCAGACGACCAUUCAACUACAAAACAUUGAUUGAAAAAUAUAUGCUAGUUUUAAGAUAGACUUAAUUUCAGCUCGUAGUCGGCAGCGAGGAUAAAAAAUUUGCUUAAAGAUUUUAAGUCAUCAGAUAUAAUUGGCGCCGUUAAACAUUAAAUUGUAUUUGUGCCGUGUCAAAUAAACGAUAGAUGAAAAAAAAAAAUACUGUAUCACUUUGCAUUAUACACAACUGUGACUUAAAGUGUUUUUCAGUACUUAAAUGAUCUGAAACAGACUUGAAAUCAAAAAUGAAAUAUGCAUCUGUUCACAGCUAUGUAAAGUAGUAGAAUUAAAAAGUAAAGAAGAACGUAAGAAAACUUAAGUGUAUUAAAUAUAUAUCAAUAACAUCAAAAUCAAAAGUCUGUUAGAUUUAAUCAUUGAUAUGCCUGGAAAAUUUUUUUGGAUAGUACCUAUGUAGAAAAAAACAGUAUUUGAUUAACAUUAUGUUUAAAACUAGUAAUCGAUGACUACAGUUCUUAGCUUUUAUUUGAUACAAUUUUAUGUUUGUUGAUAUAGUGAAAGUAAUGAAAUUUUCCAAAAAGCGCGUGUUGAAAAAAUAAAAAAAGGUCUUACCUUCUUUGAAAUUAA